UUGAACAGUGUAAUGCAGUUUCCCGGGAAAUUGUAAGGAAGCGAUGGUUUACCCAGCCAGUGAUGAGCAGCUAUACUUCUGGGUAUGUUGAAGUGACACGGAAUAAUGUGGACAUUGUUUCAGACAAGGGGCGCUGCAACAGAGAGAAGCCACCUUGCAAGUACUUCCACCCGCCCCAACAUCUCAAGGAUCAGUUACUUAUCAAUGGGCGCAACCACUUGGCACUAAAGAAUGCUAUCAUGACUCAGAUCCAAGGCCUCUCCCCUGGCACGGCCGUCGUUCAAGGAACGAUUCCAGUUGUGGAUGUUGCUGCACCGACACUAAUGAUACGUCACGCACGCUCCCCUCACACGUUGAUAUCGAUCCAACAGCAAUAUUAUCCUAGUGCCUCCUCGUCUUCUCACAGUAGACAAGAUUCGAGACCUCCAGCGACUCAGCCGCAAUACAACCUAUACAACACUGCUUACUCUUCAGAAAGCGUUCCUCUUAUGCUCGCACACAACUCCCCGUACCUCACACCGGGCAUCCCGAUGAACAGCUUCAACCCAUACAUCGCGCCUUCGCCCGUCAUGACUAUGGGGGUUACCGAUGCUGCCGUUGCCUCUCCCAUCACAGGCGUGGUGUCACCGCAGGUUCUCACUGCCCAAAAGGUGCCACGAACCGACCGACUAGAGGUAUGCCGCGAGUUUCAGCGCGGAGCGUGCAAGAGGCCGGAGCAGGAGUGCCGCUUCGCCCACCCACCCGAUCACGUGAGCACGACAGACGAAGGCACUGUCACAGUUUGCAUGGACGCUAUCAAGAGCCGCUGUUCUCGUGAUCCCUGUCGCUACUUCCACCCUCCCCCGCACCUCCAGGCUCAGCUCAGGGCGAGCCAGGGCCGCGCCGCACAACAACCUGUGCCUGGUGCUGCUGUCGCGGCCGCGGCCGCCGCUGUGCCCUUGGCACCGCCUCCACCGCUGCCCGCCGCAGCCGCAGCCGCAGCUGCUGCCGCCGAACUGGGCAAGAAGCGCGGCCGCGACCCCAGUGACGAGCUCCUCAUGGGUGUCUCGAUCUUCCAGGCUAUCCCCGGGAUAGUACCCUACAAACGUCCAGCUGGAGACAAGUCCGGAGUACCUGUGUAUCAACCAACGGGGAAUGCAGCGUAUCAGCAAGCUCUGAUGCAGCAGCUGGGCACCCAGAGCUUUGUGCCAGUGUCAUGUGAGUAUGGCGGGAGUGUGCCCCUGGCGGGGGUGGGGGGCCAGGCCGACAGCCAAGACACCACCGCCGCUAACAACCACGCUGCCGCUUCCUCCGCGCAACCUGUUACAACAUCCUCUUCCUCAUCCACCACUACCACAACUAACUCCCCAACCACUGUCAAAGCCAUAUGUUCCACACCUGUUACAGCUUCCUCUUCCUCAUCCUUAUCCUUAUCAGGGACAGGAGGGGAUACAGCUUCUGUGUCACCAGUACCUUUGCCUUCUCAACCUGCUGUUAACGUGUUUUCUUACACAGGCUAUGCACUAAGUAAAGGCCUUCGUCCACAGUUCAAACCCCAAGCCACUCCAACCCCAGCCGUUACUGGUCCCACAGCACUAUCCACUUCUGGGUUUGCCCACCCAAUCUUCCCUCAAGGGCAUUUAUCAAAUAUAAAUUAUGGUGUAGGUGCACCUUUCCACAGCAUUGGUGUUUCACCCUAUUUCACCAGUAAUCAGCAUUUAAUGCCUCAUGGGAUGAUUGGAAGUAGUAUAGGGUUUCCUCAUGGUAUUAGUGGCAUGACUGCAGGAAUGAACCAAACAGUUGGAAGUGUUGCAGCGGCAAGUUUAGGUGGCAUAGGUAGCGGUGUACCCGUAGUAAGUCCCUCUUUAUUAGUACCCCAAAUUCCUUCCUCCCUAUACCUUCCUCAAUACACCGCUUUGUCCAGUAACACCCAGUACUCGCUGGCUCAGGGGGGCGAGCAGCCAUACAAGAAGCUGAAAACUUCAUAAAGUGUGUGCAUGAGUACCGGCUGACGAGCAAGUCUCCUGCCUCUGUAUGUCUACUUCCUUAUGCUCCUCUCGCUCAGUGCCAGUGAGCGAGCAAGACAACAACGACCAGCAUCUAGUGGACUCUAGUCAUGCCACUACUAACAUCUAUUAGUGCUCUUGAGCACAGCGUAACUUUACUAACUGGCCUUUUAAGUUUGAUUUUAGAUAAUUGACGUAGCACAUGUAUUUGUCAUUGUAGUUUUCUUGUUAUUGUACCUGUUUUUAGAAGUUUUUAGUCAUUAAUGAUUUUAGCUUUUAUGAAGUAUAUAUGACAUAAUAGUUGUCAGUUUUAACAAGACUCCAAGUCUUUUUGCUUUAAAUGACACUGCAGAGCAGACUUGCUGCAUGUCCGCUGGUAACCGGGGGAUGACGCCUGCAUGGUGCCCAGCUCUACACGGUGUUUGUGAUAUGUGAUGCACGGAGACCGCACUGCACCAUUCCAGCCCUCCUCCUGCCUGCCCCCUUAGAAAUCCAACUUCCAGACCCUUUUGCAAUUGUUCUUUUAAUCAUGUACACUACUCCUGCUGCUGCUGCCUGGGUCACAUGGUAAAUGGUGGUGGUCAAAGCAGCAGUAUGAUGGCAGCAGCAGCAAUAGUGGAAUUAGAUACCGUCUUUUAGAUUAAUGAGGGGGGAGGCAGGGCUUGUGCUACAUUUUUUAAAUAUUUUUAGUUGCAAUAAUUUUUAUAGUUCCUUACAUAUGCUGUAGCCACACCACGUCCAUGCUGUGCCCAAUGCCACUCCCACCACCACACAAUCUGUGAUAGUCUCGCUUAGCCAAGGUUAUUGCAAAUAAGUCUGCAUGUGCUAAGAUAUGGUAGGCGAAGUGGGCAGGGUCAAAGUGUUGCGAGGGCGUAGGUGGGGUUGGUUUGGUGUAGCCAAGUGCCAUAAAGCGGUGCCGUCUCCGUGUACUCCUGCAGCAUUCCCAGUACUAUUGUAGCACUACUGUACCAUGCUCACGUCCCAACUUGAUGUGAUGGUAACUUAGGUAUGGGUUAUGUUGAUGUACCUUUGUAAUGCUUCCUCUCUGUAGCCAGGGGCACUCAGGCCCCGCUCGGGCUUAUUCAGUACACAUUCAUCGCUCUGUCAGGCAUCAGUUUUUGUUGGACUGCUCUCAUCUUUUUUGUCUGUUAUGUAAUCCUAUGAUUCUGUUAAUUAUUAUAUUUGCUAGCUUUUAGUGCUUUUCAACAUUGGUCUGGGUAUCAAGUAUAUGUACAAUUUGCCUGUGUAUUUAAGUCCUUUUACUGAUACAAAAUAUUGGCCUAUGUAUAAGAAAUAUUUUUAAAAUAAUAAGUCUGUAGAAUGCA